AUGAGAUCGGGAUUCCUGUUGGCCCUCGCGGCCUCUCAAGCAUCAGCCGCUCUCACUUACAAAGGCGUCGAUUGGUCUUCCCUCCUCGUCGAAGAAAAUGCGGGAUAUAGCUACAGCACCGUCAACGGAAAAACGGAACCGCUGGAAAACAUCCUCGUCGACAGCGGCGUGACCACAGUUCGCCAGCGUCUCUGGAACAACCCCUCGGCUGGAAACUACAACUUGGACUACAAUCUCAAAUUGGCAGCACGAGCAAAAGCAGCCGGGCUGGAUAUCUAUCUGGACAUCCACUACAGCGACACUUGGGCCGAUCCAGCGAAUCAAGCUGUCCCGGCGGCAUGGGCAAACUACGAUAUCGAUGAACUUGUCCGCGCGAUACAUGACUUCACUCUGAACACGAUGAACGCGUUCGCAUCCGCCGGAAUUCCCCUGACGCUGGUUUCCAUCGGAAAUGAAAUCACCAACGGACUCCUCUUCCCUCUCGGCACAAUCGAGAAACAACCCCAAAACACCGCUCGCCUCUUGCAUUCCGCCUCAGCGGGUAUCAAAGCCUCCAAACUCUCCAAGCAGCCCAAAAUCCUCAUUCACCUCGACAACGGCUGGAAGUCCGAGACCCAGGAAUGGUGGUACGACACCGUCCUCAAACAGGGCCCCUUCCUCGCCACCGACUACGACGUCCAAGCCGUCUCAUACUACCCGUUCUACAACGCCGACGCGACCCUCGCCUCCCUCAAGAGCAGUCUCUCGAACUUGAAAUCCAAGUACGGCAAGGAAGUCAUGGUCGUGGAGACGGAUUGGCCGACCUAUUGUCCCAAACCGGAUUAUGCUUUCCCCGCGGAUGCGAGCAAUAUUCCGUUUUCAGCGGCGGGACAGACGACAUGGGUUCAGGAUGUUGCUAGUGUGCUGGAGGAUGUUUCGGGCGCGGGGCUGUUCUAUUGGGAGCCCGCGUGGAUUAAGAAUGCUGGGUUGGGAAGCAGUUGCAAGAAUAAUCUCAUGGUGGAUCAGAAGGGACAGGCGCUGAGUAGUUUGAGUGUCUUUGGGCAGAUCUGA